ACUGGUCACAUCACAACGCUGUUCUCAUCGGGGAAGCUGGCCCUGCCAAAACCUCACUAAGAUGUUGUGCUACCAACAGCAGUGCUUUCCUCCUCUCCACCAAGAGCACAUCCCCAUUAAGUGCCCGCAAACACACCCUCUGAUGCACAGCUGGCAGUCAGAGCUGUGCACCCCGCAGUACGUGACCCCCUGCAUUCCUCGGCAGCGGUUUCUGUCCUCCAGCUUCUCCCCACAGCAGUGUGUGACCCAGUGCAUACCACGGCAGCAGUAUGCAACCAAGUGCGUGCAACAGCAACAGUGUGUGACCCAGCACAUCCCACCUGCCAGGUGUGUGACAACCUGUGUGCCACAGCAGUCAUGUGCCGCCCAGGGCAUGUCGCAAGAGCCAUGUGUGACCAAGUGCAUGCCCCAGCAGCAGUGUGCAACCAAGUGCAUCUCACAGCAACAAUGUGCAACCAAGUGCAUCCCGCAGCAGCAGUGUGCAGCCCGGUGUGUGACCACGUGCAUCCCACAGCAGCCAUUCCUGACCAAGGGAAUCCGCCAGCAGCACAGUGCAACCGUGUGCAUCCCGCAGCACUGCGUGACCACAUACGCCCCACACGAGCAGUGUGCAACCAGGUGUGUGACCACGUGUGUGCCACAGCAGCGUGCCACAAGGUGUGUCUCACAGCGCUACGUGACCGCUUGUGCCCCGCAGCAGUGUGCCACCAAGUGCAUCCCACAGCAGCAGUGUGCAACCAGGUGUGUGACCACGUGUGUGCCACAGCCAUGUGAGACCAAGGGUACAAGCAUUUGUGUCCCACAGCAGCAAUGUGCCACGAAGUGCAUCCCGCAGCAGCAGUGUGUCACCAAGUGCAUCCCGCAGCAGCAGUGUGUCACCAAGUGUGUCCCACAGCAAUGUGCCACGAAGUGCAUCCCGCAGCAGCAGUGUGCCACCAAGUGCAUCCCGCAGCAGCAGUGUGCCACCAAGUGCAUCCCGCAGCAGCAGUGUGCAACCAAGUGCAUCCCGCAGCAGCAGCAGUGUGUCACCAAGUGCGCUCCACAGCAGCAAUGUACCACCAAGUGCAUCCCGCAGCAGCAGUGUGCCACCAAGUGUGUCCCACAGCAAUGUGCCACGAAGUGCAUCCCGCAGCAGCAGUGUGCCACGAAGUGCAUCCCGCAGCAGCAGCAGUAUGCCACCAAGUGUGUCCCACAGCAAUGUGCCACGAAGUGCAUCCCGCAGCAGCAGUGUGUCACCAAGUGUGUCCCACAGCAAUGUGCCAUGAAGUGCAUCCCGCAGCAGCAGUGUGCCACCAAGUGUGUCCCACAGCAAUGUACCACGAAGUGCAUCCCGCAGCAGCAGUGUGUCACCAAGUGCAUCCCGCAGCAGCAGCAGUGUGCCACCAAGUGUGUCCCACAGCAAUGUGCCACCAAGGGCAUCCCACAACAGCAUCAGUGUGCCACCAAGGGCAUCCUGCAACAGCAGCAGUGUGUCACCAAGUGUGUCCCACAGCAAAGUGUGACCCAGUGUGUCCCACAGCAGCCGUAUCAGUCAGGUGGAGUAAAAAUUUCAAGUCAUGCUAAGAAGUACUGCUCUGCAUCCAAAUGGCCCUGGUAAAGAGGAGAGGGGGAAAGGAGGGUCCAUGGAAAACCACUGAGGUAUGGCUUUGGGGCAGAGUUAUUUAUCUACUUGUAUCACCUGCCAACCUGUUGCUAUUGCUUAAUUCUGCUUUAUCUCUGUUUUCCAGUCCUUUCCCUGUAGCUCAGCUCUAUUUUGGGCCAAGGUGCAAUAUUAUUCCCUGCGUUCCAGAUAUCUGUGGCUUGUUCCUUAGUCUGCUGCAAGAAGUAGUUUAGUGGGAUGUUACUAAAUCCUCACCUCAUUGAAAGGAAUAGUUUUAAUAGAGGAAAAAAAGUAGAAACGCCAAAGGAGUCCCUCUGAUGACAGCAUCAAGAGGACCAAUGGAGUGGCCAAUGGGGGCUCAGGGUUCAGUCCUGGCCUCAGGAGAUGACACCCACUCUGUCCUGGAUUUCCCCAAAGCUGCAUGUUCUCCAAAAGAGUCAUUUUUGCUCACAGAUUUGGAAGCCAAAUGUAAAUUUGCUAAGCAAAAUGUAUCCGAGUCUUGUUCCAACAGCCUUCAUUGCAGGAGGUGGCCAGCAAUCCCUGCUGACUCCGUGCUGACUUCAGCGGAGUCCCCGAUCGAGGCAGGAUCUCUGGUCAGAGAAGUUGGUUCUGCUGCAAUUUUAUACGUGAAAGUUUUUUUUUUUUAUAUUCACUUGGUUGCUUUGGUUAAUGUGGAAAACAAAGCCUGAAACAAAAGAAAGUCUUGGAAAUGAGACUGAAAGCUGUAGCACUACUCCUUUACAAAUGUUUGAGAUACCGAAGUGUUUAACUAUGUUCUUUAUGCUGCCUGAAGAUGUGUACUCUGCACUGUAUUGAAAACAAACUAUAUAUAUGUAUACUUAUGAUAUACAUAUAUAUACCUAAAUAAAUAUAGUUCUCUGA